AGCUGCCCAAGACCAUGACUGACAUGUACUCACACUUCCUGCUGGUCCAGACCACCAGGAAGAAGAACAAUUACCAUGGACCUGAGACCGGUCCACAGGAGCUGACAGAGGCCGACAGGGAAGUUCUUCUGAAGCUGGGGAGGCUGGCCUUUGAACAUCUGGAGGAAGGAAACAUCAUGUUCUACCAAGAAGACCUGGAGCAGUGUGGUCUUGAUGUCACAGAGGCCUCGGUGUACUCAGGAGUUUGUACAGAGAUCUUCAAAAGAGAGAGUGUGAUCUUCCAGAAACCAGUCUACUGCUUUGUUCAUCUAAGUGUUCAGGAGUUUCUGGCUGCAAUCUACCAGUUCCACUGUUUCACCAACAGGAACACAACAGUUCUGAAGGGCUUCCUGAAGAACAAACACAUGGACACAAAACCAAAGUUUUUUUCAGAGAUUUUCACAUGGUUUAAAAUGAAAAAUCAAACUUCAAAGGAAGAACCAUCCAAUCUCAGAAGCACAACAUCCCUGAGUGUCUUUCUGAUGGAAGUCUUGGAGAAAUCCCUCCAAAGUAAAAAUGGCCACAUGGACCUGUUUGUUCGCUUCCUUCAUGGCCUCUCUGUGGGGUCUAACCAGAAAGUCUUAGGAGGUCUGCUGGGUCAGAUAGAGAUCAGUCCCGAAACCAUCCAGAGAGUCAUAAAGAACCUGAAGGAGAUGAACACAACUUCAGUCUCUCCAGACAGAAGCAUCAACAUCUUCCACUGCUUGAUGGAGAUGAAGGAGCUCUCAGUUCAUCAGGACAUCCAGGAGUUCCUGAAGUCAGAGAACAGAUCAGAGAAGAACCUCUCAGAGAUCCACUGCWCAGCUCUGGCCCACAUGCUGCAGAUGUCAGAGGAGGUUCUGGAUGAGUUGGACCUGAAGAAGUACAACACAUCAGAGAAGGGACGAUGGAGGCUGAUCCCAGCUGUGAGGAACUGCAGAAAGGCUCAGUAAGUCCAUGAUGAUGAUGACAAUGAUGAUCAUAGUUUUYAUCUUGUUUAAAUUGUCUGACUUCAUGUGAAGGCCACAUGUGACACUGCUUCAC